AUGAGUACAUUGAGCUGGAACUGUCGUGGCUUGGGUAAUCCACAGACAGUUCGAGAGAUUGAGGACGUAGUGUCCCGUAAGAAACCCGACUUUGUAUUUCUGAUGGAAACCAAGGUUAACCGAGAUCAUGCAGAACGACUUCGGGUUAAGCUUGGGUUCGAAGGACUGUUUAAUGUUGAUAAUGAUGGAUUAAGUGGGGGGUUGGCAUUGUUAUGGAGGACGAAUAAUACGGCUAGACUAAUUGGUUAUUCAAAAAAUCAUAUUGAUAUUGAAGUGGAUAUACCAGGGUUUGAUAGAUGGAUGAUGACUGGAUUCUAUGGCUUCCCGAAACGACCACAAAGGAGAGAGCCAUGGGAUCUAAUCCGUUCAUUGGCAAGUAAGUCGGAACUGCCGUGGGUUAUCAUUGGAGAUUUUAAUGAUCUCUUAUUCCAGUGUGAGAAAAGAGGAGGGAACCCCCAUCCAGAUAGCUUACUACGGGGUUUUCGAGAGACUAUUGAGGAGUGUGGUUUGACACAAUUACCAAUGUCUGGAUAUCCCUAUACUUGGGAGAAGGGGAAAGGCACACCGAAUUGGAUAGAAGAACGGUUAGAUAAGGUGCUGGCUACUCAGGCCUGGAGGGAUUUGGUGGCUGAUGCGAAUGUUCAGAAUAUAUUGACCCGAAAAUCGGAUCACUCUUUUCUUUUCCUUGGGAUUCUCAAUCUUCGGGAAAGACGGAGGGGUCUGGGAAGGGGUUUUCGGUUUGAGAUGGCAUGGCUACAUGAUGAAGGAUGCAGAGAUGUGGUGGAGAAUUCGUGGGGUGAAGGAAGAAGUAGGGGACUACAGGAGUGUACCGCAUUUUGUGGAAAUCGGUUAACACGCUGGGGUGGAGACCGAUUCCAUAAAUUUGGUGAAAAAAUAUUGACUCUACGGAAGGAACAGAUGCGUCUAAGGGGAUAUACGGAUCCAGUGUCUCUGGCUGAGUUUCGGAGAUUAGAUGAGUGCUUGACUCGUGUUGAAUUGCAGGAGGAUGCAUACUGGAGGCAGAGGGCCAAACAGCAUUGGCUCAAGGAUGCGGACGCAAACACCAGGUUUUACCACAGCUCAAGUUCUCCUACUGUUAAUGAUGAUUUCUUUGAGAGUAUACAACCGCGAGUAACUGAUGUGCACAAUGCGAGCCUAUUACGCCCUUUUGAGGAGAGUGAGAUUAAAGCGGCUUUGUUUUCAAUGUAUCCGGAUAAAGCUCCGGGACCGGAUGGGAUGAACCCCGGGGUUUAUAAGCAUUUUUGGGAUGUAGUGGGGUCUGAUGUUUCUUCUUUUAUCGUGAAUUGCCUGAAUAAUUGCUCAUUACCGGAUAAAUUGAAUGAGACGAACAUUAUUUUGAUCCCAAAAAAGAAGACCCCGGAAAUGGUUUCUGACUAUAGGCCAAUUGCUCUGAGUAAUGUCGUCUACAGAGUUAUGGCGAAAGUUAUUACGGCCAGGAUGAAACCAUUGAUGGAGAAUAUUAUAUCUGAGACUCAGAGUGCGUUUAUUUCUGAAAGACUUAUUACAGAUAAUAUCUUGAUAGCUGCAGAAGUUGACCACUAUUUAAACAGAAAGCAAUGUGGACUAGCUGGCUGA